AUGUACGAAAAUGAUAAUACAGAUACUGCAGACAGUCAUUAUAAAGUAAAUAAUGAAUAAAUAAAGAAUGAGGAAUUGAUAGAAGAGUUACAAAAGUAUUGGCGAUUAGUGAUAAAUCAUAUGGGAUAGGACUACUAGCAUCUAUUAAAAUUGUCGAGCGAUUCUGAUGCACUAGAAUUAGUUUAAUCACUGAUGAUUUUGGAAGAUAUACGAUAUAAUGAUUAGAAAGUUCCAUAAAAUCAUGAUUUGGAAAACGAAAUAAUGCAAUUUAGACAAUAAAUUACAAACCAAAAAAAUGAAUUGGAAUCUAAAACUAAACUCAUAAAUGAGUUAUUAUAAAAGCAAACUCAAUUACAUGAGUAAAAUUAAGAAAUGCUCUUGUAGUUGAUAAAAAAAGAAGAAGAAAAUUCCAGUAAAAUAGCUCAACUUCAAAAAGAAAUAAAAAGCAAUAACAGAAUAUAGCAUAGGAUUCCAUCACAAUUAUCAUCUGCUCGUCUACCCAAUUAACAGUAUAGUUAAUCACUGAAAAGUUCUCCAUAGCCAAGAGAAUUCAGAUAACUAAGCAAUUAUUACUCAACUAAGUUAAGUAAGUUAAUAAAAGUUUCGGGAACUCAUAAUAAUAACAAUACAAUCAAAAAUAAUAGCAAUAUCGUUUAUUAGUGA